UUGAUUUUAAAAAUAACAUCAGUAAUUUAAUGUUUGUGAUCAUUCAAGUUUCUCUGUCUCUAUUGUGUAAAUGUGAUAAGUUUAAAAUUACGCAUUGGAAUUGUAAAGGAAGGCAAAAUGCUACCCAAUAGAUAUGUUCCAAGUCAAUCAUCUGCUAUGAAAAUGCGAAAAUCUAGAUUAGAAGGGAAACCAUCUUUGUUACCAAAACUUCGGCAAGGAGGUUCUACGGAACGCAUGUCGACGGAGUCACGGCGCCCUUCGACCACUGGUCCCCGCUCCAGCAGUGCAGAACCAGGCCGAGGCACUUUUGGUUCGCAUUAUGGUAAAGAGGCUUCUGCAUCUAAAUUGCCGUUAAAUCGGAGGUCCCGCUCACAAACCGGUGAGGCAAGAUAUGAUCAACCAGCUGUAACACCUCAACGUGGGAGCCAAUACAUGAGACAGCCAACUACUACACCUGUGAGAACACCAUCUCAGGAAAGAGCAAAUCGAAGUUGGCAGAUAUCUUUAGAGAGGGCUCUUGCGUUUGUUACUAUUAAAGAUCAGAGGCCGAUAUCGAGCGUGGCGUGGCAGCGCGCGGAGAACGCGCGCGUGGCGGAGGCGCUGGGCGCGCGCGGCGAGCCCGGCGCGCUCAUCCGCCCGCUCACCAUCGCGCGCUUCGUCGACAUCGUCGGCGCGCUGCUCGCGCCCGUCUUCCGCGACGCGCUCAACAAUGACAAUUACGUUGCCAAGUUACCGCACCUGUCCAAAAGGUUACUCUACCCGGGCGCGGUGUCCAAGUCUUGGCUCCGCACAGUCAACACGCUGCACGCGUUCCCGCACGCACUGGCACUCAUAUCGUAUUUACUCGAUUUAAUCACUCAUAUCGAAAGACCAGUUUCUAACGACUGGUUGUAUGUCGGUAAAGAUGAGCUCUCAUGCUUGCGACGCGAUUACCUCUCCAAGUGCUGGGUGCGGUUCCAGAAGCCAGGACAUCAAUAUGAAGACCUAAAUGAGGAAUAUCUUCAAAAUUUACAAAAGCAUCUUGGUAAUGAUGAGGAGAAGAUUGCUGAAUUGCAAAUGGUGAUCAAGAAGUACGAGGAGGUGUUAGACGACGAGGAGGAGGCGUCGGCGCGCGCGGAGGAGGAGCGCGUGCGCGCGCGCAGCGGGGCGCUCGGCGGCGGGGUGCGCGCCGCCCGCGCCGCGCGCCGCCAGCUCGCCGCGCAGCGCGCCGCGCACGAGGCGCGCGCGCCCGCCCUGCGCGACGCGCUGCGCGCGCUGCGCGCCGACAUCGAGCGCGCCAAAACGGAACUGGAGGGCCUCCGCUCGGAGCUGGAGAAGCAGACGCUGUCGGUGGAGGAGCGCACGCGGCUGCUGGACGAGGUGGACUACUCGCUGCGCGUGCACGACUCCAAGCGGGCGCUCGCCGACAACGUCGCCAAAACGAUAAUUAGCAAAGAGAACGAGCUGGCAGUCUGGCAGAAGAAGACGUUGGACAGCUGUAUGCAGUACAAGGAAGCACUCAUACAUUUGACUCCGGACUGCCCUCAGCUGGCCAGUCUUGCUGUGGACGAGAAGGAGUUAAUGGAGGCGUCGUGCGGCGCGCACAUCGCGCGCGCGGCCGAAGAGCUGAAGCGGCACUGCGCCGCGCUCGCCGCCCGCCGCAGCGAGCGCGCGCGCGACCGCACCGCGCUGCAGCGCCGCCGCGCCGCGCAGCUCGAAGAAGCGCGCGCAAAAAUAACGGAACUCAAAUCGGCCGUAGAGCGUGAACAGCAGGCUUUGGAGGUGGAAACUGCGCAAGAGAACUCUGCAGCAGCCGAGUGGAGUUCGGAGGAGGCGCUGAUGAUGAACAGGAUUCAGGAGCUAAGGAACCGCCAGCAUGAGUACAAGAAGGUGGAGGAUGAACUGCAGUUCUGGGAGACGCAGGAUAAAACUUGGCAAUCAAGAUUAUCAACUCUCCGAGAAUACGUCGCUGAACAAAGACAAGAGUCCAGCCGCAAGUUGGAAGACACGAAACAAAAGCUGCUGGAACACGCGCGUAAUGCGCUCAUCGCUUGGAACACACGUUUGGACAUGAUGUGAGGACAGACAAACGAAAAGACAUGUUUAUUACUAAAACGGACACACAUGUACUAUGAUACGUCGAAAGAACGGGGCGCAGUAUAAAAUAUAUGUUUGAAGUAAUUGUUGUAUUAAAUAAAUAGCGAUAGAAAUCAGUUUUAUUUAAAAUAAAGAAGCACGUUAUUCACCGAUUUUAUUCAUAAAUUAAAAAAGUGAAAAUGUGUAUGAGAAAAUGUAUGAAAAAUGUCUCAUGGAUGAAUUGUAAAAUGUAAUUUAUGACGUCAUACAUAUUGUAACUAUUAAUAAUGGCGUGUGUUAUCAAAUGUUUGUAAGUUAUAACAAAAACAAAUGUGUAAGGAGUAUGUUGAGUGGAAUUAUUUAACUGCUGGUUCAGCUAAAUGCUAUUCUAGUACUAUGACAAUAUUUGAGAAUUUAGCUUUUAGCUUUUUUUAUAAAUAAAGUAUGUUAGAACGAACGUAUUUUUUAAUUGCCUCAAUAAUAACAUAGAGAGUAUCAUAUCACCACAGAUAAUAUGAUAUACUAGUUAUACGAUUAAAUAAUUAGAACUACGG